AUGGAUCGUAGCAACCCUUACAGUUUCCCUGCUCCUUACUUUGUAGACCUGUUGAACUCUCAACAGGACUCAAACACUUCUGAAACUCCUCAUGUACCAAAUUCCACAGAAACAUCUCAGCCUACUCAGUUUACCACAUCUUUCCCCUCUCAGCCUUUCCAAUUCCUUUCGCAACCAAUUCACUUUAGCUCUUCCACUGUCCCUUCCGAGUGUAUUGAUGUUAAUUUAGAUGAGAAUGAAGACGAGGGAGGUAGAGGAAGUAGAAAGAGGUGGACUACAGAGGAGGAUGUCCGGCUCAUAAGCGCUUGGUUGAACACAAGCAAAGAUCCGGUUGUGAGUAAUGAACAGCGGUUGGGUUCCUUCUGGAAGAGGGUGUCAGAUAAUUACCAAGCAAGCGAGGGAGCAUCUGGGACCAAUAGUAGAGGGCUUGUUCAGUGUAAGACUUGGUGGAAUAAGAUAAACCACCAAGUCAAUAAGUUUGUGGGCUGUUACACUCAAGCGAGUGCAAGAAGGAAGAGUGGAGAAUCAGAAGAUGAUGUGUUGAAGGUGGCAUAUGAGAUGUACAUGAAUGACAUGAAAAAACCGUUUAUGCUAGGGCAUUGUUGGAGGGAACUCAAGCAUGAUCAGAAAUGGAACUCGGAGGGUGGAACCUCUAAGAGGACUAAGCUUGAUUCAGAAGGAGUUUACUCAUCCAACUCAACAAACGAUGGCAUUGAGGAGAGGCCUCCAGGUGUUAAGGCGUCCAAGAAGAAAGGUAAGAAGGCGGCAGUGAGUAAUGAUGGUGAGGAUGUUUCAGCGGUUAAACUAGAUUGGAUUAUUGCCAUGAAGGAAAAGGAACAACAGGCUAAAGAUAGGCAAGACAGAAUGAGAUUGCUAGAGAGUCUCCUAAACAACCCUAACCUUACACCAGCUCAAGGAGAACUCAGAGAAAAGCUAACUGACCAAAUGUUGUCCCACACAUAG